AUGGAGAGGCAGAGCGCGCCACUUCUCUUGGAGAGGCCGAAGGAGAGGGAAGGCCAAGUCCAAAGACUGGCCAGCGAGGUAUGGGAAGAGUCCAUGAAGCUGUGGGAGGUGGUCGGCCCGGCCGUGUUCAUGAGGCUCGUCCUCUACAGCUUGAACAUCAUCAGCCAGUCCUUCGCCGGCCAUCUCGGCGACGCUGAGCUCGCCGCCUUCUCCAUCGCCAGCACCGUCAUCUCCGGCUUCAACCUAGGCUUCUUGCUUGGCAUGGCGAGCGCACUGGAGACGCUGUGCGGCCAGGCGUACGGCGCGAAGCAGUACGCAAUGCUGGGCGUGUACAUGCAGCGCUCGUGGCUUGUCCUCUUGGCUUUCGCGGCGCUCCUUUCCCCGACCUACAUCUUCAGCGGGCAGCUGCUCAGCGCGCUCGGCCAGCCCGCCGAUCUGGCCCGCGACGCCGGCGCGGUCAGCGCCUGCCUGCUCCCGCUCCACUUCAUGUACGCCAUCCUCCUGCCGCUCAACAAGUUCCUCCAGUGCCAGAGGAAGAACGCGGUCACCGCGGUGACCACCGCUGUGGCGUUCCCGGUGCACGCCGCGGUGACCUGGCUCCUGGUCAGCUACUUCGGGCUCGGGGUCAUCGGCGCCGCCAUCGCGCUCAACUUCUCAUGGGCGCUCGUCGUGGCGCUGCAGCUCGCGUACGCCGUCGGCGGCGGCUGCCCGGAGACGUGGGGUGGGUUCUCGUCCUUGGCGUUCGUGGACAUCUGGGGGUUCGUCAAGCUGUCCUCGGCGUCCGGAGUCAUGUUGUGCUUGGAGAGUUGGUACUACAGGGUUUUGAUCUUCGUCACUGGGUACAUGAAGAACGCGGAGCUUGCCGUGGAUGCCUUGUCUAUCUGUUUGAGUUUGAAUGGAUUGGAGAUGAUGAUUCCCUUGGGGUUCCUAGCAGGCACCGGGGUGCGGGUCGCCAACGAGCUCGGCGCGGGCAACGGGCACCGGGCGAGAUUCGCCACGAUGGUGUCGACGGCGACCUCCUUUCUGAUCAGCAUCUUCUUCUGCUUGGUGGCGUUGGGCCUCCACGGCAGGCUCGCCCUCAUCUUCUCGUCAAGCAAGGCCGUGAUCGACGCCGUGGACGACAUGUCCGUCCUGCUGGCCCUCACCAUCCUCCUCAACGGAGUCCAACCUGUCCUCUCAGGAGUUGCAGUUGGGUCAGGUUGGCAGGCGCUGGUUGCGUACGUGAACAUUGGGAGCUACUACCUCAUCGGUGUCCCGCUCGGCGCUCUGCUCGGAUGGACCUUCCGUCUCGGAGUACAUGGAAUUUGGGCGGGAAUGAUCGGUGGCACGACGGUUCAGACGCUGAUCCUCGCUUACAUGACCAUACGAUGCGACUGGGAUCAGGAGGCCUUGAAAGCAAGUAACCGUAUGGGGCUGAUGGGAAGCUCCGAGUGA